GGAUCGCCCAAGCAACAGCACUCGUUGUACAAGACGGAGCUCUGUCGCAGCUGGGAGGAGAGUGGGUCGUGUCGUUAUGGCGCCAAAUGUCAAUUCGCACACGGUCGCGAUGAGCUUCGUCCGGUGCUACGUCACCCAAAGUACAAGACGGAGGUGUGCAGGACGUUUGCCGCGCAGGGCAAUUGCCCGUACGGUUCUCGAUGUCGAUUCAUCCAU